AUGCGCCGUCACGCCGUGAUCCGCGCGCCGCGCCGUGAUGGAUUCCCGCUUUUGAGGCGUCCGUCUGCUGAUGGGAAGACCCGGCGUCUAAUCCCGCACCAUCCAUCAACGGCCGCCGUGGCCGGCACCCUCUGCCCCGCCACGGCCUCCCAGAAGCCCGGCCGCCUCUGCCGGCAGCCAGUUCACUUGCCGCAGCGCGCCACCGUGGCCCGCGGAGGAACUUAUCCCGGAACACUGGCUGGCGCCCUGCGCCGUCCAGCAGGCAGGCAGGAGGCUACAGGCUGCGUAAAAAGCGUCGCCCCCGCCCCCGCCCCCGCCCCCGCCCCUCGUCAGACGCCCCCGCCCUCGCUUCCUUCCGGCGCGGCCUUUGUCUCGCGGUCCCGCUUUCCCUUCCGGCCGCACCUGCUGGCGCCUCGCCGACAGGCAUCUGGCGCCGCAGCCCCACAGCACUAUCUUCGUUGCGAUGCGACCGGGGGCGAGAUUCCGUCCAGCGACGAGGUGAUCCAGAUUCGCAGGUGCCUGGCCAGUCCAUGGACUCCUGUGGAGUCCGGUCCUCCGGGCGGCCCCGUCGACGCGUUUCCUAGUAUAGUGUGGAGCCCCUGCACGCCGCCAACACGGCGAUCAGACGGCCGUCCGUGUUUAGCAGAGGCGGGCGCAUCUGCCGGGCGGUAUCUGACGUGCGGUGGCACGGCAGGCGGCGCCACCGGAGGCGUCGCUGACAGCGCGGCGGCCGCGAUAAGCCGGACGGGGCAGCCGGCUAUGCAGGCCGUAAUCUGCGCGGCCGGCGGCGGCGGCGGCGCGCGACCUGAGGAAGUGGCCUUGUCAGAUGGCCGCCGCGAUACUGUCGAGGUGCGCCUCAAUGGCGCCACCGGAAAUGGAGUGCGGCCCGGCCGGCGUGGCGCGCCUUAUCUGGGAGGAGCUGCUCCGGAAGACCGCGACGGGCGCGGCGGCGGCAGCGGCCAUCUCCUCGCCGGAGGACGCGCCGGCCAUUGUGCGCCCUCGCCGGCCACCGGCGCGCGGCUUCUAUCUGCCGCGGCCGGCCGACGUACCCUUCCGCAGGUUCACGUGGCCAGCGCGGCCCAAGGAGCUACCUGA